GUGGCGGUGGCCGCCACCCCCACCACUGGCGGCGUUCCUCUAACACCAACUUUCACUUCCGCAGCACCUCCACGUCAGAAAUCCUCUCCUCCUUCAAAACGCUCCACCAAAACCAACAGCAACCACAUCAUACCCAUAACACCACCCACUCCGUCGCCGUCAACGACAUUCACAACAGAAGGUUCUAAUUCCUCUUCCGUUCCUCUGAAGAAGGUUCUGGUUCCCAUCGGCUACGGCACCGAAGAGAUGGAAGCAGUUAUCUUGAUUCACGUUCUGCGCCAAGCUGGUGCUGACGUCACUGUAGCCUCCGUGGAGCCUCAGCUUCAAGUUGAAGCUGCUAAGGGCACCAAAUUGGUCGCUGAUACCUCCAUUGAAGCAUGCUCUGAUCAAAUUUUCGAUCUUGUCGUUUUACCUGGAGGAAUGCCUGGCUCAGUGAGGUUAAGGGAUUGCGAGGUGCUGCAAAAAAUCACAUGCAAGCAAGCUGAGGAAAAUAGGCUCUAUGGUGCUAUUUGUGCUGCUCCAGCCAUUACCCUUUUGCCAUGGGGUCUACUAAGGAGAAAGAAGACUACAUGUCACCCUGCAUUCUUUGACAAGCUGCCGACAUUUUGGGCCGUUAAGUCAAAUCUUCAGGUUUCAGGAGGGCUUACAACGAGCCGUGGACCUGGAACUACUUACGAGUUUGCUUUAUCCUUGGCCGAGCAGCUGUUUGGGGAGUCCGUUGCCAAGAACAUUGCAGGAUUGUUGUUUAUGAGAACUGCCGAUGAUAAUGCAGUGAAGGAGUUCAACAAAGUUGAGUGGUCUGUUGACCACCAUGCCCCUAGUGUUCUUGUACCAGUUGCUCAUGGGUCUGAAGAGAUUGAAGUUGUGACUCUGAUCGAUAUUCUACGGCGAGCAAAAGCUAAUGUCAUAGUUGCAUCCAUUGAAAAGACUCAUGAAGUUUUAGCUUCCAAAGGAACCAAAAUUGUUGCUGAUGUAUUAAUUAGUGAUGCUCAAGAGUCCUCACAUGAUUUGAUAAUUCUACCGGGAGGUACUGCUGGAACUGAAAGGCUAAGCAAAUCUAGAAUUCUGAAAAAGCUCCUUAAAGAACAGAACUCAGCUGGAAGAAUAUAUGGGGCUAUCUGCUCUUCGCUUUCCAUUCUGCAUAAACAAGGUUUACUGAAGAACAAGAGGGCUGCAGCUCAUUCGUUGAUUAUCGAUAAAGCUGAAGAUGAAGCAAUCAAUGGUGCUGCCGUAGUUAUUGAUGGCAAACUAAUCACUAGUGAGGGACUUUCUACUGUAACUGAUUUUGCUUUGGCUGUUGUAAACAAACUAUUUGGUAAUGGAAGAGCAAGAAGUGUAGCAGAAGGCCUUGUUUUUGAGUAUCCUAACAGUUAGGGCAUCUGAUUUAAAAUACUUAUAGAGGAGGUGGAAAAAAGUUAUAUCUAGGGCGUGUAUGGUUGGAAGUAGUAAAAUAUGGUGGAAAUUUUCAUGGUGGAGCUCACAAGUAAAGUUACACAUGAAGUUCAUCCAGGAAAAUUUGCCCUUUAUUUUCACUCUCCAACCGAACACACCCUUAGUCUAAAGAGACGAGGACCAUACCGUGUCCAAUAGCUUCAUAUUAUGAGUUGUUUGUUCCAUAUCACUUCACAAAACAUGGAUAAGUUGAAGUUGCUUGGACAAAUCUCUGAUGGAUUUGUAAUCUUGUACACAACCAUGUUGAUAUCACUUAUCAGAAAAGUCUAUGAUCUGAAUAUGAAACGGUUCAUCGUUUCAUCCAUGUUGAUGGUAACAAUUUGGCAUCACCAUCUUCCUUGAGUGUCAUCUUUAUGGAGAGGAUGUUGCUGACUCGGAUGGGAAUGCCAUUUGCCAGUGACUCAAACCGGAGCUUCUCGGAUUUUACUAUGUAAUGUGUGUGGAAGAGUAAAUUAGAACAGAUUCAACUUUCUAAUGUGUCUUUGAGAGGUAGUAUUCAAAGUUGAAACUCUUCAUGGUUCACUGAUUUCUUCUCUUUAUAAAGCUCUGAAUUUUUCAGUUUAGAAAGGUUUGUUAGCAACUUAUUUGUUCAUAUCUAAUCUUAUUUCUUAUUUAAGAUGAAA